GUAAGAACAGGCAAAGGUUAUACAGUAACAUUCGAUUUAGAUCAUACGAUUGUUACAUCAUUAAAUCAUUUUAUAUCUCAAUCAAAUUUAACACUUUUUCAAGUUGGUCUCGCUGCUUUUUUUGCAUUUCUUUACAAAAUGUCAGAUAAUCAACAACUAGAAUUUUGUACCGGUAUCGUUGCUGCUAAUAGAUCUCAAUAUGAACUUGAAAAUCUUAUUGGUUUUUUCGUUAAUACAAUCCCAUUUUUCAUAAGAAUAAAUCCUUAUGAAUCUUUUAUCGAAUUUUGUCAUAGAAUUCAACAAAUUUGGCUUGAAAUUUUUCCAUAUUCAAAUUUACCUUAUCAAGAAAUGGUUAAAUUAAAUUCAAAUUUAAGAUCUUCAUUUCUUCGUACACUUUUUCUUAUUGAAACAAAAAUUGAUGAUAAUGAACAAAAUAUCGAAAUUGAUCAAGAAAAUACACUUAACAUUAUAGAUCGACAUUUAUUAACUGGAAAUAUUGCAAAAUUUGAUAUGGUUUGUAUGCUUUAUGAACAUCGUCGAAAUGAAACAAUUUCAGUUACAUUAAACGCUUCAUUGGAUUUAUAUGAUGAAUCAACAAUUUCUAAGAUUUCUCAACGAUUUCAUUCGUUACUGGAACAAUUAUUUCUUUUUCCUAAUAGCCAAAUAAAUAAACCAAUUUAUGAAUUUUCAUUAUUAUUAUCCGAUGAAAAAUUACUUAUGAAAACCAUGAAUAAUACACAAAUAUUAUUUCCUACUUUGACUUGUUUUCAUCAUAAAUUGACUGAUCAAGUUUUGAAAUAUUCUCAAAAAAUAUCUGUUGAACUUGAUGAUCAAUCUCUUACAUACGCUGAACUUUUAUAUUAUACUCAAAUUUUAUCAUUCAGUCUAUUAAAUAACUAUCAUAUUAUACCAGGUGAUAUUAUUUAUCAAUGUGUUGAACGAAGUUUAUCAAUGAUAAUCGGUAUUGUUGCGAUUGAAAUGGUUGGAGGUAUUUAUUGUCCAUUAUCAUUCGGCGAUCCACAACAUCGUUUAAAUACACUUAUACAACAAACGAAAAGUCGUGUUAUUUUAACUCAUUGGUUGACAAUGUCUAAAUUUUAUGAUAGUAAUCUUUUAUUGAUAGAUAUAGAUUCAAUAUUAUGUAGUAGUAAUAACAAUAUCAUUAGCAAUGUUGAUAUUGAUUCUCUAUCAAAUAUAACAAUUACAUGUGAAAAUAUUGCGUAUAUUGUUUUCACAAGCGGUUCAACAGGUAUACCAAAAAUGACUCAAAUUCGACAUAGAAACUUGAUUGAAUGUGUUCAAUCACUUUGUUAUAUUGAUUUAUUAAAUAAUAGAGAUACAAUUAUACAAAUGGCACAAUGUUCAUAUGAUGUUCAUGUUCAAGAAAUCCUUGGUACAUUGAUGAUUGGAGCUACUUUAAUUAUGCUUCAUCCUCAAGGAAAUCUAGAUAUUGAUUAUAUUCUUAGAAUUCUACAUGAAAAACAAAUCACAUAUUUACAAAGUGUUCCAGCAUAUCUAAAUAAUAUCGAUGAAUUUGUAUUAAAAUAUAAUAAAUCUAAGAUAUUUACUUUACGAAAUCUCGAUAUUGGUGGUGAUGUUAAUAGAAUUGAUCUUGUUAAAAAUUUAUGUAAUCAUUUAUUUGAAAAUACUCGUGUAUGGAAUACAUAUGGACCAAGUGAAACAACAAUUGAUUGCACAUUUCAUAUUGUAGAUAUACUAAAUGAUAAAGAAACUAUUCCAAUUGGUGUACCAAUUCCUAAUUAUCGAUGUAUGGUUUUGGAUGAGUUUUUACAGACUUGUAUUGUAGGACAUAAUGGCGAGUUAGUUGUAACAGGUGUUGGUAUUUUUGCUGGAUAUUUUCAGCGUGAUGAUUUAACCAAAGAUGUUUUAAUUGAAAUUGAUAAUGAAAUAUUUUAUAAAACAGGUGAUAUUGUUCAAAUAGAUCAAACUGGUUUUCUUCAGUAUCAAAAUCGUAAAGAUUAUCAAAUCAAGUUGCAUGGACAACGUAUUGAACUUGGUGAAAUUGAACAAUUUUUACUCGAUACAUCACUAUUAGCAUGUGUUGUUAUGAAAUGGGAUGAUGAUCAUUUGAUUGCUUAUGUCGAAGAUUGUGAUAUGAUAGAAAUUGAAUUAUAUGAGCAUUGUCGAUCUUAUUUACCUUUUUAUAUGAUUCCAUCAAUGUUUAUUAGACUUGAAAAAUUACCGAGAAAUGAUAAUGGAAAAAUCGAUAGAAAAUGUCUUCCUCGACCUGAUAUUUCCCUUUUGCCAUCCGUUGCAAAUAAUACAGAAUUGAAAAGACCUAAUAAUGAAAUUGAAACUAUUGUUCAUAAACUUUGGUGUAACAUUUUACAGUGCGAUCAAAUUUCAAUUGAUUCAAGUAUCUUCACUAUAGGUGGACAUUCUCUGCUUCUGAUGAAACUCUACUAUCGAUAUCAGACUACAUUUCAAUUAGAGAUAAAUACACUUGCUAUUACUAAUCUCUUUACAUAUUCAACAAUUAUCGAUCAUGCUCAUUUAAUAUCUGAAGCAAUUUCUACUAAAAAAAAUCUUGAAGAAAGUUGGCUUGCGUUGCAUCUUACUCAAGCUAAGGCCACAUUUGCUCAAGAACGAAUCUUUCUAGAUGAACAAAUUCGUUUUCCAUCUAAACAUCACAAUCUCAUGUAUGUUAUACCAUUGGUUUAUCGUAUUUUGUCGACUAACGAUCAUUUAUCGAUUGAUCGAUUACAUCGAGCACUACACACAGUUGUCGCAAAACAUCGUGUUUUACGUACAGGAUUUUAUCUCGAUAUGAAUGGUAUGAUCAUACAGCAUUGCCUUGAUAUCAGUGCUACGAUCAAUGAUCAAGAACCAUAUGGUUUUUCAGUAAUCAAUAUUAACAGCAAUGUUGAAAGACGUGUUCUGAAUUGUCAUAUUGUUCAUCGUCAUAGCUUCUGCGAUUUAUCUUAUGAUGAGGAUACGUUGAUUAUGGGUGAUCUAAUCAUAUUCACAAUUCAUCAUUUAGUAUUUGAUGGAAUAUCGGUAUCACUUUUUCUCAACGAUCUUUCUCUUGCUUAUACAAAUGAUUGUUCGCUGCCUGUUGAUGAAAAUGUCAUGCAAUGUAUCGAUAGUACCGUAUAUGAACGUUUAAUGGAUAUGACACAAUCGCAUGAAUUUUGGUAUUCUCAAUUGAAGGAUUAUAACUUCAUACGUUCAUUACCAUUACCUUUUGACCGACAUUGUUUGUCUACUGAUUAUCGAUCAGGUUUCCAUUUUGUUACUCAGAUAUAUUUUGAUGAUGAUAUUUCGAUAGCAUUUUUAGAAUAUGCUACUUUAAAUCAUAUAACACCUUUUCAGUUAGCAAUGAGUAUAUUUUAUGCAUUUCUAUUCAAGUUAACUGAUGGACAAGAUGAUUUAUGCUUUAGUUGUUUACAUGCCAAUCGACACAGAACUGAAUUACAAAAUAUAAUUGGAAUGUUUGUUGCAACAUUACCAUUUCGAAUUCAACUUAAUUCGCAAUGGUCUUUUGAGAACCUUGUUAAACAUGUACAAGAAAAUUGUUUAUCAGUUUUUCAACAUACUCAUUAUCCAUUGCAAUACAUUCUCGCUGAUUUUCAACGGAAUUAUUCAAAUGUUUCUUUUCUUGAUACUUUAUUUGAACUUAUCACUGUAUCUCCUGAUAUUAAUAAAUUAUCUUUGGAUGGGUCAAAUUUAGAACAAGUAUCCGUUGAACAAUUACAUGAAGCAACAUAUUUUGAUGUAGAUGCGGUGUUUGUAUACAAUCCAACAGUUGAAACUGGAAAAUUAUUAUGUAAUAUUUACGGCUCACGUGAUGUAUUUGAUGAAACUACAGUCAAUAAAAUAGGUCGAAAACUUCAAGCU